CAGCGUAACGCUGCAGCUAUGGGCCGUCGACAUGGCCUCCACCCCUCCCGUUCCCUCUAAGGCCGCGCUCAACGCCCUCCGCGGCGUCCUCUUGACGACGUCGUGCUCCGUCGCCUUUCUCGCCGAGGAGCGCCGCCGCAGACUCAAGAUUGCUCGUGCGGCGAUUGACAAUGCGAGGAAGCUGCAUACCGUCAAGAGCAACAGGGGCGCCGUCGCGCUGAGCGAGAGCUGGGACGAUAGGCUUGCGGAUCUUGGAGGCGACGUGCUGUCGCUGCCGGCUGGGUCGCGGCCGAAGAGUUCGUACCGGAAACGACGGCGCGGCAAUACUUCGACUUUGCUCGUGGCUGGGGGUGGCUUGGAUACGAAUGAGGGAGCUUCUUCGUCCGAUCAGCAUGAAUCGGAGAGGGGCGGCACGGCCGGCGUGCAGCAGAGGGAUGGCCGGGAGGCGCAGAUAUCCAACUUUGGGCUGGAUGCGGUGAAACUGGUUCUGCCAUUGGCCGACACCCGUCUUCCGGACCUCUCCAUCAUGUCUUUGGCAGCUUCUACUGCUUCGCGGUCCUUGCAUGAUCUACCACGGAUCGACUCCUCUUCUCUGACCCGGCUAUCUCUAUCAAACUCGACAAUACAAGUCACCGAGAUGGACAAGGUUGCAAGGCUUGAACAGUUGAUAAAAGAGCUGGAAAGUAGCCAGUCAUCUCAGACUCUGACACCCGACAUGGUUGAUCUGGCCAUCGACGAGCUACAGAAGAUAUCGACACCAAGGCCCGCAGCCCCCGGAUUCAGCGGCCUCGUCAGAUCGAGUGGGCUGAGGUUGCUGAGGCUCGCAGUUGACUCCGAAGCGACCAAGACGACCAAUGUUCUAGCGGCCCUGCUACCACGCUUCAAUGAUCCUGUCCAAGUUGUAUUGCCUUUGACAAAAUGGCUAUGGGAGAAGAAGGAUAAGAAGGAACUUGAGCAAAUUUUACAGUUCCUCUCCGGCGGCCAACAAUCGCGGUUCUGGAUGCAGGGCAUGACAAUCUACAGAGUUCUGUCUGGUCUCGACGAUGUCUUGGGCAGCUUCAAAGACAUUAAGCAUCUGUAUCGCCUGCUCCAAAGUGCUGGCUUGUAUCAGCCAAUUGCCGUACCUUGCAACAUCGAGUUCAAGAUACGCCGUCUCAUGGUCUCGAAAGCCCUCAAGGCGGGAGACGAUGCCUUUGCUCAGGAGGAAAUGGGUCAUCUCUACAAUUUGGAUGCAGAUGCAGCAAAGGCGGACGUCAAGCUGCAGAGCAGGCUGAUCGUACGCGAGGCUGCACUUGGGCAUUGGGAAGCCGUUCGAAAGAGCAUCGAAGCGCUUGAGGAUGCAGGCAAUGCGAAGCCAAACGACUUGCGAUACAUGAUUAGCAAGAUCACCGACGUAUUCGUGCAGACCUGCUCGUCGGAAGGCCUUGAGGCUUUGCUGCGGAGAUUUGUGCGCAGCUACAACAUUCCUCUGAGGUCGAAAUGGGUCAAUCUCGUCCUGGACCAGUACGCGAGCCGGCAUGAUCUGGAUUCCAUGUUCUCAUGGCUGCGGUUCUGCCGCGAUGCCGGGUUCAAGAUGGACGACUCAUUCGUGCAACGCUUUUACGCUGGAUGCCGCAAAUACUGGAGUUUCUCCAAUAAGAACAUUACGAGUCUACAUCAAACCCUCCAAGAGCUUGCGCCGGCCUCAUUGAAGCCUACACCGAGCAAGCCUGCCGGAAACAUGGUUCACGAUAAGCCGCCGGCUUCGCUCGACCCCCACAACUGGGUGUCUGAGGCGGAUGCCUUUGAGUGCAUGGAGUGGCUGUCGGCACAGAACGAGUGGGAGCGUGUCUGUGAGGCGUACGGCCGCUUGCUAUCCAGCGGAUUGAGCAUUUCGGUGCGCUGCCUUCGCCUGGCAGUGUUGGGACACCUGAGACGGCCCAAUGGAAGCAUCGACGCAGCGGCAGCACUCAUUGACGACGCCCGCGGAAGAGGCUACGACGUGACGGAAGCGUUGACGCCGCUUUUACUGGCAAGGCUGGAGAACGGAGACGAUGCCGGCGAGCUGAUCAAGCAGGCUCUACGCCGGGGCAGCCGGGUUCACGACAGCGUCUACAACAAGGCGGCGCAGAUGCUCUCGGCCAAGGGCGACCUGCGAGGGGCCGCGGCCAUGUGCGAGGUGGCGGCAAGGGAAAACGGCAACGGAGAGCUCCUGUACAGCGAGUACAACUUUUCGAACCUGGUGUUUGCGUACACGGGCUCCGCCAGCUACGGCGCGCUGAAGUCGAUCCUGACCAAGUUCACGUCGGAAGUGCAGUGGUGGCGCGGCAGCCGGGCGUGCAAGGAGAGCAUCAAGCUGGCGAUGAAGACGACGGCGAUGCGGGCGGUGGUGGAUGCCCGCGAUAAGAACGACCAUCGGGAUGCCCUGUUCAAGCUGGACGAGGCGCUGAUUCACGUCAAGAAAUGCCGCUCCACUAGGGAGGAUCGACGAGCGGUGACGGAGGCGUUUAUACGCGUGGUCCGACCUGCGGUUGCGGAGGCCGAGCAGCAGCAGCAGCAGCAGGAUCCCGCCGCGGAUGGGCGCAGGGCGAAUCUGGCCAUCAAUACGGGGGACGAGCCGCUGCUGGAGAUGGCAGAGGCGAAACCCUUUCAGAGAUCGGUCAUGGGGGUUCGGCAGGGAUUGGCGGCUGCUGGAGAAGCGUGA